CAAAAGGCGUUUCCGCUCGCCUCCGUCACGUGACCUACGUGUCCUUGGCUCGGCUAGCUUUUGACAUGUGAGCAGCAGAAACAUGACAAUUACCAAAAAGACAGGAGGGAAGGCGCUGGAUAUUUUGCAGAGUCUGCCUCGUAUAACUUUAGCGAACUUGCGGCCUGAACCGGGAGCGAGAAAAGAGGGGAAACGACGAGGCAGAGGUCAGCAUGGUGGCAACAAAAGUGGUCGGGGACAUACAGGAGAGCGACAGAGAGGCAACCGACCCCGUCUGGGAUUUGAGGGUGGACAGACUCCCUUCUACCUUGCCAUCCCAAAAUACGGCUACAAUGAAGGACACAGUCGCCGUCCCCAGUACCAGCCCCUGUCUCUGAAACGGCUUCAGUACCUAAUUGAUCUGGGACGAGUUGAUCCGACGCAGCCGAUUGACUUGACGCAGCUCGUCAAUGCCAGGGGAGUGACGAUUCAGCCGCAGAAGAGAGACUUUGGAGUUCAGCUUGUUGACGAGGGUGCUGAUAUUUUCGCAGCAAAAAUCAACAUUGAGGUUCAGAGAGCAUCUGAAGGCGCCAUCGCUGCUAUUGAGAGAAACGGAGGGAUCAUCACGACAAGUUUCUAUGAUCCCAUAAGCCUCGCAAUUCUCAUCAAGCCCGUCCCGUUCUUUUUACGUGGGCAGCCCAUCCCAAAGCGACUGUUUCCAGGGGAAGACAUGGUCCCCUAUUACACAGGUGCAGAAAAUCGGGGUUACCUGGCCGACCCAGAGAAAGUACGGCAAGCCCGUCUAGCCCUGGCACAGAAGUAUGGAUAUGUUUUGCCAGACAUUUCAAAGGAUGAACUCUAUCACAUGCUCUCGAUGAGGAAGGAUGUUCGACAGAUCUUCUUUGGCCUCUCUCCUGGCUGGAUUGUCAACAUGCCAGAAAAGAAGAUUCUGAAACCCACUGAUGAGAAACUGCUUAAAUACUACAGCUCUUAAAUGUUAGUGUGAAAAUAAACUAAACGCCCAUGUACAUUAUCUUGUGGAAAACUCUGAGUUCUGCAUACUGAGUGCUUUCAAAUGUUAAACUGUCUUGCACGGUUUUGACAGUAUUUCUGCUGGUCUUUUUCUUUCCCAUUCUUCAGUUUUGUAAUAAAGAAUAUGUGGUAAAAUAGUUCUGUCACCGUGCUUUGUCAGAGAUUUAAGGCCGUUAAACUACAUCUUGAAGACUUCAUGUGCAAAUAGACUGGUGCAGCCAUGUCACCCAAAGAAUUUUC